AUGUGGGCAACAAUAAAGGAAAUGACAACGCAAAUGCAACCUACCCAAAAAAAUUCUAAUAUCAAUAUUGAUAACAAUAACUAUGAAUCUGAUUCUGACCCACUUUUUAUAGCCAAUACAUUUAAUACAUUUUUUACUUCAAUGGGUAGUCAAAAUAAUGCUACAAAAAAAUUAGAUUUCCAAUUAAAUUCAUCGACUGACAAACAUAGCUCUAAUCAAUCCAUGUAUUUAAGAAAAAUAAAUACAUUAGAAGUAAACAAUAUUAUCUCAAACAUGAAAGGCGACUCGGCCCCCGGUAAAGAUGGAAUAUCAAAUAACAUAGUUAAACAGAUUAAAGAAUCACUAUCAGAGAUCUUAGCACAUAUCUUUAAUACAAUACUAUGGGAAGGUACCAUACCAGAUUAUUUUAAAAGUGCCAUAGUAACCCCAAUUUAUAAAAAUGGUGAUAAAAAACUAAUAAAUAAUUACAGACCAAUUAGUUUACUAAAUAUUUUUUCAAAAAUCUUUGAGCGGGCUAUAAAAACAAGACUUUUAGAUUACUUAGAAGAAAAUAAUAUCUUACCUAAAUCUCAAUACGGAUUUAGGAAAAACCUAGGAACAGAAGAUGCCUUAGCUAGGCUUUCCAUGGAUAUUUAUAGGAACCUAAACAAUAAUAAAAAAACAUUAGGAAUUUUCCUAGACCUCAGUAAAGCUUUUGACCGCAUUUCCCACAAAUCGUUGAUACCUAUACUCCAAUCUAUAGGUAUAGUAAAUAAACCACUAAAAUUAUUAAGAAUCCUAUUUGGAUAAUAGAAAGCAACAAGUGAGAAUUAACAACACACUUAGUGAUGAAAUUAUAAUCACAACGGGAGUUCCUCAAGGAACAGUGUUAUCACCUAUUCUUUAUAUUAUAUAUGUCUCUUCACUAAGUCAUUUAAAUAUUCACGGUAAACUAUUUUCUUAUGCAGACGAUAGAGCCAUUCUUGUAUCAGGGGACAACUGGGACGAAGUUCACCUAAAAGCAGAAACAGAAACUACACUUGAUAAAUGA